CGCCCGGGCGUUAAUUUUUCCCGAUGGGCUUCUGAACCUGCAACGGAGGCAGAUGUUCAUGAACAUGCAGAACUAAAAUUCACGAAGAAGCUGAUGUUCAGCGAAGUAGGAGUCAUUAACUGCUGAAAGGAAGCUCUGUAGUGCGCAUAAUGGCGUGCGAACAAACUUCGAGUGCAGCAAGUAUCGACGAGCAGCAGAAAGAUUCGAAGCGUAUCGAUGUUAUGUUUCUUUGCGACGAGUGGAUGUCUUUAAAGGGUGGACUGUCCACUUUCAACAGAGAAUUCGCGGUGAAUUUGGCAAGAACAACAAGCGAGAGCAUCAAAGUUCACUGCUACGUUGCUCAAAGUGACGAACUGAGUAGAGCAGAUGCCAGACAACAUGGAGUUCAUUUGAUCACUGCUCGUAGUAUUCCUGGAUCGUCUGAUCCAUUAGAUUGGCUGAAAAUUCCACCGCCGGAGCUACCAAAUCCUGACAUUGUUGUGGGCCACGGAAGAAAGGUUGGUACCCCUGCCUAUUUUGUUGUCCAAACUGCAAAGUGCAAGUGGAUGCAUUUUGUUCAUGUGUUUUGUGAAGAUCUUGGAAAGUUCAAAGCAACCCAGAGUGCCUCUGUGGAUACAAUCGAAGAGAAUGAGAAGAAACAUAAAAGUGAAAUUGAGCUGUGCAAAGCAGCAGAUGUAGUUGUCGCAGUUGGAUCACGGCUGCAACAAAAGUACAGCAGAAGUCUUCCAAAUGUUAAGGUGGAGAUCAUCACUCCUGGGAUUUUGCAAAAGUUUUCCAACGAGUCAUCACAGCUGGUCAAAGAUAGAUCAGUGGUAAAGAAUUUCAAGGUCUUUAUGUUUGGUCGGGCAAGCUUUGAAGAUCUCACGCUCAAAGGUUAUGACAUUGUUGCAAAUGCCAUAGGAUCCCUUGACAAGAUGUUUGAGCUGACAUUUGUUGGCUCAUCUCCUGGUGAACACAGAAAAAUAGAACAAUGGUUUCUUGACAACACAGGCAUAAGCCGCAACCAAAUAACAAUCCGUAGUUAUUGCAAUGAUCAAGAUGAACUUAAGAUGAUGUUUCAAGAGUCAGACAUGAUUGCUCUGCCUUCACGCACAGAAGGGUUUGGGUUGGUUGCCCUGGAAGCUAUUUCUGCUGGUAUACCUGUCCUUGUUGCAAGUGAAUCUGGAAUAGCUGAGGCUUUACAUGAAGUAGAUGGUGGGCAAUCUUUCAUUGUUGGAUCAAAUGAUCCUGAAGUGUGGGCACAAAGGAUCCAGCAACUGUCCAGCCAAAAUCCAGAAGAGAGAGAAAACAGUGCCAAGCUGCUCAGAGACAAUUACAACAAAACUUACCCUUGGAGCGAGGAAUGUGAGAGAUUCAAAAGGAUGAUCCAAGAUUUAGUGGAAAGCUUAAAUGCUUUGAACUUGAGAAUUGAUGUGGAAACCAUGAAACCAGCAGAUCUCAACACACAGGCCUUUAGAACUCCUCCUUCAAUAGUAGAAUCAGGGAGAUCUCAAAAUGGUGGGCACCAGGAAGCACCUGUAGUACCUUCACCAUCAGGACAGACCCAGCCUUUAUGUAUAGGUGCUGAAGCUACCCAAGCACCUGUGAGUUUCAUUCCUACAGAAGGAGAAGUCCUACGUUUAAUUGCUGUCAAUUAUCUGCAGGCUACUCAACCGAGUAGUAGGGAUGAUUUUGAUAGCUUUUUGGCAUACAUGAAAGAAAUGCGACUCACUAUUGCUGGUGUUCAUAUUGGAAGUUUGCUGAUAACAGUGAAGUUUCAUUCACUCCAGAUCCUUGAGAGCUUGUGGGAAGAUUAUUUGUCUGGUCAUCUUGGUGAAGUGGUUCAAAGAUGUUUUGUUACUGAAGAGAUCUUGACAGCAUUGAGCCUUGCAGAGUUGAAGCUUAAAACAACAAUUUCAGAAGAGGAGUACAAAGCAUGCAAAAAGUACCUUGGGAAAGAUCCAGCAGUAGAAACAGAUGAAACAUAUGAUGGUGAUGAUUCAGCAUCAAAUGAUGAAGCAUUGAGCCUUGCAGAGUUGAAGCUUAAAACAACAUUCUCAGAAGAGGAGUAUGAAGCACUCAAAAAGUACCUUGGGAAAAAUCCAGGAUCAGUAUCAAGACAAGCCCUAGGAUUUCAUGAAGCCCGCAAGGAACUACCAGUGUACAAGGUUGCCCUAUGUGGUAAAAGUGGCGUUGGAAAAACCUCCAUUUUUCGCAGACUUAGAGGCGAUGGCUUCGAAAUCGACACUUCCAAAUUUCAACACUUGGCAGAAGAAAAGAUCGAAGUCCAAGUUGAAGAAAAGACCAUUAUAAUUGACCUUUGGGACACAUCUGGAAUGGAAAGAUACUCUCGCUUGACCCGCCAACACUACUUUGGAAGCAGUGUCGUGCUCUUUGUCUAUGAUUGUGAUGAUAUGGAGUCACUAAAAGAUCUUGCAGGUUACUACGAAGAUGCCAAAAAUAAUGCUAGUGGAGCUGCUGUCGUAUUAGUGCGAAAUAAGGUAGACCAAGAACUCCAGUGUGUGGACAUUAAAGAUGCUGAAAAGCUACUCUGCAAUCACAAGGAAAGGGACAGAUCUGUUUGCAAGUUUAAAUUCAUAGCAGAAACUUCAGCAAAGGAAAAUACAGGAAUUAAUGAACUUAUACAAAACGUUGCUAAAUAUCUACUUAAAAAUGCAGAACCCAGCAAUUCAAGAAGAGAAUUUGACAAGAUUAAAUCCAAACCUGAACCAGCAAGCACCCCUUCCACAACAAGCAGCUGCUCAUGUUAAAAAUUAAUGUUAAUAUUAAAUUAUCUUUAAGUGACUCACUAACAAAUUGCAUGUGUGCAUUGGAAUCAAACCUUGCCAUAAAAGAAAACUGUAGGGUCAAGUUCAAGAGCUCUCUAGUGGUCAGUAUAAUGCUACAAAAUUAGCAUCCUUACAUGUACAUGUAAAAGUAGAACAGUGGAAUCCCAAAAGUAACCACCUUCAGAUUUGCUCUGGACACUGAACACUCAUCUGUAUCAGGUUCCUCGAUUUCUGAUCCUUGAUAAUUUGUUCCACAAACUUUGCUUUCCCUCAGAGGUUUGAGAGGGUCAUAGGAAUCCAGAUUCCAUUGCUAGCCCACAGGUGUAGCUAAAUAUUGUGUUCAGAAGGGUGUCACUGUAAACACAAACUGCUAGUCAGUGGCUGAUAAUUGCACAAGGCAGGUCUGUUGAAAAUCUGCUGUAAUGCUUUUUUUAGUUUAUUAUCCCAAUCAAAAGCUCCUGCACACUCAGCAGUGAGUCAGCAUGCUGAGGAUCAAAGAAGUUCCUUCCAGGUAAUAUCGGAGGGGGGAAUGAGGAAGGGAGGGUCAAAGGGUCGCAGUUUCUCUCUUCCAAAUAAUAAUGGGAAGGAUAAACCUGUAUAUAGUAAUUCUCCCUCCUGUUUCUAGUAUUAAGGUCCCUAGCCUGCAGUGCAGGCAGUUUUGGUGGCAAGUUUACAAAACGUGGAGAGUUACAACGAUUGAGAGAGAGCUUUUGGCAAUUUUAACCCUCACCCCAGCCCUCCACUGUUUACCCAAUCCAAGAUGGCAGCCUAUAUGUAACACUCGACACUGGAAUAAUUAUGUGCACUUGUUCGUCUGCACUGCUGGCUAGAAGUACCUGGAUUUUUAAAUCAUUCCUGUUUCAUUUGCCCUCAUUUGUUUACCAACUUUAACCAUAAACAUCUUAAAUAACUGGGCACUUAAUUUUGGUGAUAACCACCAAUAAAGGAAAGGAGAAAAAUCUUUUGCUGUUAUUGGCUUUAUAUAUUAAUUUAAAUUGAAAUAUAUAUGUAUGUUUUUUGGUACUAUUUUAAAUAAAGAUUUAUUUAUAACAAGAAAAAGGAAAAAAAUUGUUGAUGUGCUUCUCACUUUGACAAAUUUAGUAAUUUGGGUCGAGUCCACAUUUUACAACAUGUUGAGCUUAUAUUGAGACUUGUGAUUUAGAGCCUGGCAGCUAGUGUUAGCUGGCUAGCAAAACACUAAACCCAGUGCUUUAAACCACGUGUUUACUAGGCAAUAGCAAAUGUCUGAGGAAAAAAAAAUGCAUUAAGUCAUUUAGAGUCGAUCCUAGUUGCUCACAGAAUGUCCCAUAAAAUUGAAUUGAAUUGCCACACGAGUUUCUUGGUCUGUGUCCUUUGUGUCUGUACAUGUAGCUGCAUGUAUGAUCAUCACAGACAUUUUCUCAUUCAGAGCUCAGCUUUUCAAGCUCAACUUGUGUGCAAAUGUACUUGGUCUGUUAAGGUGGUGUGAAAUCCUAGUAUGUGUUUAAGCCUAGGGCCAAUAAAAUGUGACAAAAAAGGUCGAUAAACUACGAGUAAAAGAGCUCUAAUUUUCUCUCACUUCCUCGUAUGCAAUACCUGGUGUCACAUGAGUGCAUGGCUAUAUAAAGGGCAUGACUCCAAUUCCCGUCCAAGGUUGUAAAAGCCUGUCUUUGAUCGAGGAUUGCUAGAAAACCUACCAUACAACCCAUGAUGAAAUUUUCACAGUUGAUUUGUCCGGGUGAAUCGUGUUUAGAGCCAAGAUUUAACAGAAAUCUGUAAGACUAUUUUUGAUUUCACAUUUUCUUAGUUUGUAAAAAUGCAUGAAUGUUACAUUGGAGCCAAUUUCUAAUUCCUGAAACUUUGAGGUGGGGUCAUAUGGGUACUUAGAUAUUGAGAAAAACGUCAUUUAACCUGCUAGU